CGCCGCCCAGUUUUUUGUCGCAUUCUAUCUAACCUCUGUCGUUGGGUAAGUAGAGGAAACAGAGAGAGAGAGAGAGGGAGUUGACAUCGAAAUGGGGAGAAAUAUGAGGAUCACAACAGCCACCACAGGCAAUCGGGCCCCUCUACUGCUCAACAAUCAUGAGGAAUCGAGCCGCCCGUCGUCGGAUCUCGAAGAAGGCAAUGGAAUUCAGCCGGGGAAUGUUGGAUUCUGUAGAGUUCUGCGGUUGGCAAAACCUGAUGCAGGGAAGCUGGCUCUGGCCACCAUAGCAUUAUUGAUAGCUUCUCUCAGCAACAUUCUAAUUCCUAAAUAUGGUGGGAAGAUAAUAGACAUUGUGUCAAGAGAUGCCCGAGAACCUGAAGAACAAGCUGCAGCUUUAAAUGCUGUGAAGAACACCAUAUUGGAAAUUGUGAUAAUCGUUGUAGUCGGUUCAAUCUGCACUGCGCUGCGGGCAUGGCUGUUCAAUUCUGCUAGUGAAAGAGUAGUUGCUCGUCUGAGGAAAGACUUGUUUAGUCAUCUUAUUAAUCAGGAAAUAGCAUUUUUUGACGUGACUAGGACCGGAGAGCUCCUAAGUAGACUUUCUGAAGAUACUCAAAUCAUAAAAAAUGCUGCAACCACCAACUUGUCAGAAGCAUUGCGUAAUAUCACUACUACGAUUAUUGGUCUCGGUUUCAUGUUUGUGACAUCAUGGAAAUUAACAUUGUUGGCACUUGUUAUUGUGCCUGUUAUAUCAGUUGCGGUACGUAAGUUUGGGCGCUAUCUCCGUGAACUUUCACAUCAAACUCAAGCUGCAGCAGCUGUAGCGGCAUCAAUUGCUGAGGAAUCUUUUGGAGCCAUUCGCACGGUUAGGUCCUUUGCGCAAGAAGAGCAUGAAAUCUCACGCUACUCUGAAAAAGUAGAUGAAACACUAAAGCUUGGACUCAAGCAAGCUAAAGUUGUUGGUCUCUUUUCUGGAGGUAUAAAUGCAGCAUCAACAUUAUCAGUUGUUAUUGUGCUGAUUUAUGGUGCUAACUUAACCAUCACUGGCUCUAUGACAACUGGUGCUCUCACUUCAUUCAUUCUCUACAGCCUUACAGUUGGUUCUUCAGUUUCGGCCUUAUCGGGAUUAUAUACGACCGUCAUGAAAGCUUCGGGUGCAAGCAGGAGAGUAUUCCAACUUCUAGACCGCAUUUCCUCCAUGCCAAAUAAUGGAGAUCAGAGUCCAACAAUUGACCAUGAUGGAGAUGUUGAGCUGGAUGACGUCUGGUUUGCUUAUCCUUCUCGCCCUUCUCAUAUGGUUCUUAAGGGAAUUACAUUAAAAUUGAGUCCUGGUUCAAAAGUUGCACUUGUUGGGCCAAGUGGUGGCGGAAAAACUACUGUAGCAAAUUUGAUCGAACGAUUUUAUGAUCCUCUCAAGGGAAAGAUAUUGCUAAAUGGAGUUCAGUUGGUUGAAAUAUCACACAAGUUUCUCCACAGACAGGUCAGCAUAGUGAGCCAGGAGCCUGUCCUGUUUAACUGCUCUAUUGAAGAGAAUAUCGCUUACGGAUUAGACGGCAGUGCUAGCAUUGAUUCUAUUGAGAAUGCUGCAAAAAUGGCAAAUGCCCACGAAUUUAUAUCUAGUUUUCCCGAUCAGUACAAAACUAUCGUUGGGGAAAGAGGGAUUAGACUAUCUGGUGGACAGAAACAACGAAUAGCGAUCGCGAGAGCUUUGCUAAUGAACCCGUGCAUUCUUCUCUUGGACGAGGCUACUAGUGCUCUGGAUGCUGAAAGCGAGUAUCUGGUCCAGGAUGCGAUGGAUUCCCUAAUGAAAGGAAGAACUGUUCUGGUGAUAGCACACAGGCUUUCGACUGUGAAGAGUGCAGAUAGUGUGGCUGUUGUAUCUGAUGGUCAGAUAGUGGAGAGGGGUACGCAUGAUGAACUACUCAGCCAAAAUGGCAUCUAUACUGCACUUGUGAAGAGACAAUUGCAAGGUCCUCGAUUCGAAGCCAGCAAUAAUGUUAGCCAAGAGCUUAGUAGUAAUUGAUGGUGGCAAAGCUACUUUUUUUUUUUUCUUCUUGUACUCGUUGAUAACAUCAAAUUAAUUGUCUUGGAUGUUGAUGACAUUUAUCUGUCGAAUUUUCUGGAUAUUGAUAUAGUGGUGUUGCUGUGCACCUAAGCUUUGUAAUAAUAUGAAGAGUUUUCAAUAUUCUGUUCCUUUA